AUGGCUUCUGGCAAAGGCCAACAAAUGGGGCCACUAGCCUUAGAAACCGUCCUUCAGGACUGGGUUGUUUCUCACGCCGGUCGACUGUGGCUAACGACGGAAGAAUUGACGACCAUCAUUGACCAGGCAGGCUUUACAAAGCCACAAGUCACUAACUGGCAUUUCUUUGCUACCUUCGCUGAAAAUGGCUACUUGCCCGAGGCAGGCAAGUCCUUGAUAGCUGGAUCCACUGGGCUCAGUACUCGAUCUAUCGUUGAUUUGUUCGAUAAGCUUCGGCGAGAUGCGCGCUUCUCUACCGCAGCUACCACUAUUGCUAAGCAAGCAUACGAAUUACAGCCUUUUGACGUUCCAAACUCGCAACCAUCCACUUCGUCAAAAGUUGACACCCGGAUCAACAGCAACUGUGCAUUCUGCGCGGCCGUUGACACCAUCACAAUCUCAGGGCAACCAGCGAGGUGUCGAUACUCCUUGUCCUACCCCUGCUACAACACCGUACUGUCAGAUUUCAUCUUCGCCAUUGAGAGAAUUCCUUUCAAGGAAAAUGGACUGGUCAACUUCGAGAUUCUCGGGGCAACAGCAAUGAAACAUUUCCCACCCCAGCCAGCAGGGGAAUUCCGCUGUCUAUAUUGCGACAGGUCGUACAAAGACGCUUAUUUACUCUCGGCUCAUUUGCUGUCUCAUACUGGCCCAUUCUUCAUUUGUUCUAUACCCAACUGUCGAGCGAAUGUAGGGGAGAUCCGCAUGACUCAUAGGAACAUUCAAUACCACAUGGAAGAACACAUGAAGAGGAAAGAUAUCGAGAAUCGCCUAAUAUAUCCUCCAUAUAAGCCCGAUGCUACUGAUCAUUGGCAACGGACACCUCAAGAGAUUCAGGAGCACAUUACUCAGCUAAUGACCCAAAGAGCCAAGAUCGACACCGCAGAAAGAGACACAUUGCCAGGAAUGGAAGAAAAAGAGUCCAAUAAAAGGACUAACCAUUGGUUCAAGUUCAUCAAACAGCAGGCUGCGGCCCUAGCCGAGGAAGGAAUGGAGAGAGUGAUGGCCAUCUCGGAAGAUACGCAAGCCCAAGUGUUAGCAUAUAACCUGGACUAGGCAGAGAAAGGACUGUCAUCUGCAGUAGAAGCUGUCUUCAAUAACUGGGGCCAGAGAUGUCUUGGCCCGCGCCCAUCUUUGCGGUGGGUAACAGAACGAUGCCCACGGAACUCCCGUUUGGGUGGGACAACAGCAAAAGUCAAGCUGAACCGAACAGGACUGGCAAUGGAUUUCGAUAUACGAUGCAUUUAAUGCGCCAAGGAAUUCGCGCUAUAUGAGCUUUUCCAGUCCUAUGGGGUUUUAUCAGACGAUGAUGAUACUGGAACGAUUUGCAUGCACGAGGACUGCUCUCAUCCGCGGCUGUACCGUGUGCUCUACUGCUCAGUCCACAUCCUCUCCCACACAGUAUCAGGUUCAACCAAGGCUUGCAAGCCAGAGCAUCAAGG